AGAACACCGUGAGGCUUCCACUGCGAAAUGAUGGCGUCCACAGCGGCCCGAUGCACCUCACGUUGGAUAUCGUUUUCAGUGUCGACGGGCCACCGGCGGCCUGUAUCUGUCCUCAGCUGCCGUUCUAUGGAAGCUAGUCGGGUUGUGUCAAAUGUAGGAGCACGGCAACUAUGGACAAGAAGCCCCAUCAUAGGUGGGGGGACCACGAAAGGGUUGACAUUGACGGGGUUGCCAGGAGUGAGGCCCCAUAAUGCCAUUUGCUCGUCAUCCUUCCACACAAGCAGUUGGGCCCAAGGGAAACAGGACUUCUACCAGAUCCUUGGGGUUCCUCGCACCUCGACCCAGAAAGAAAUAAAAAAGGCUUACUACCAGAUGGCGAAGAAGUACCAUCCUGACACCAAUAAAGAAGACCCUCAAGCUAAGGAGAAGUUUGCACAACUUGCUGAAGCCUAUGAGAUCUUGAGUGAUGAAGGCAGGAGGAAACAGUAUGACACAUAUGGAUCAGCUGGAUUUGAUGCAGGACAAGCAGGAGGCGGCGGCCAACAGCAAUACUGGAGCGGAGGGGGUAGCAAUGUGGACCCAGAGGAGCUUUUCAGAAAGAUCUUUGGAGAAUUCUCUGGCGGACGAGGAUUUGGAGACAUCUUUGGAGACAACACCAUUUUUAAUCGCCCACAGGAGUACACGAUGGAGCUAACAUUCACACAGGCUGCCAAAGGUGUGAACAAGGAAAUUACUGUGGCCAUUGAUGGCUCCUGCCAGCGCUGUAAUGGCAAAGGGCAUGAGCCUGACAGUCAAAUUCAGCACUGCGGUAGCUGCAAUGGCACUGGCAUGGAAACGGUGAACACAGGGCCAUUUGUCAUGCGUUCUACGUGCCGGAGAUGUGGUGGACGGGGAUCUGUCAUGACUUCACCGUGUAGAUCAUGCCAAGGGACCGGGCACACCAAACAGAAACGCACAGUCAUGGUGCCCGUGCCAGCAGGCAUUGAGGAUGGGCAGACUGUUCGGAUGCCAGUUGGGCAGAAGGAAAUAUUUAUCACAUUCAAGGUCCAGAAGAGUCCGAUUUUCAGGCGGGAUGGAGCUGACAUCCACUCUGAUGUACUGUUGUCAGUGGCUCAGGCCAUCCUCGGGGGCACAGUACGGGCACAGGGACUUUACGAGACCCUCAACCUAACGAUCCAAGCUGGUGUUCAAACAGACCAGCGCAUUCGUCUAUCUGGUAAAGGCAUCCCACGGGUCAGUGGCUAUGGAUAUGGAGAUCACUACGUUCACAUCAAGAUAAAAAUUCCCAAGAUGCUGACAGACAGACAAAGAGCUCUUCUUACAAGCUAUGCAGAGGAUGAGACCGAGGUCGAGGGGACAGUCAAUGGAGUUACCAACACCACCACAGGAAAACAAACCAAGUAGGCAAUUGCCACUUUGCACCAUCAGUAUACCAUCAGCCAUCACCGUCAACCCAGGUCUCUGCCAGGAAGGUUGUUAACAAUGAAAACAUUGAAAAAUUUGUCCAGCUAAACUCGCGGACAGAUAAACUGGAAAGAGAUGGACAGGGAACUAAGGGGCUACGUGACGAAGGAAUGGAGAAGUGUCUUCCACAUGGACACAACCAGGAAGAAUGGCUCCGGUGGAGACCAGGUGCAAGGACCUAGUGAAAAGCUGACAACCACUCACACACAGUAUCUGCAGAAAGACUCUCCCUCAUCUACUACCCGUAGAAGAGUGCACCAAUAUCCCAAAGGAAUCCCUUAGCAGGUGCAGGUGAAACAUGUUUCAGUCAGUCUGAAAGUGUAAUAAUCAAGGCAUAAAUGUCAAGGAUGGCCUAAAUCCAUGGAUAACAUAAAACUGAGAAAAGAACAACAGUAAAUUGAUUACCUGUAGCCAUGGUAAAUCUAAUCAGAAAAUAAAUAUUUUUCGAUGACUAUCAAAGAGGACGCCUAGACAGUAAUGGACUUCUCUAUUUAGAGCAGUGUAAACUGGGCACAAAAACAAACUUACGGGACACGUGCCUUCAAUUUGUGCUGCUCAACAGAAGGCGCCGCCCAGUACCUUUCAGCUGUGCAUAGUCUGUGCAAAACUCUACUCACACCCUCAAAUCUUGGCAACAUGGAAACUGGUCAGUUCAGUCGUGUAUGAAUUCUGGUGGUGAGAAGUUCUCAAAGAUGGAUUUGUCAGGCAUCUCAAAUGCACAUGAAUGCCAGGAAACUACAGUUUGUUUCUUCUUGACCACUUAGGCUUCCUAGUUUUCUCCACUUGUUCUGCCAUGCAAAAUCUGUACAUAGAUUGCUGUUCAAAGUGCUAUAAUGUCUGUAGAAAAUAUGUUUUAGGCCUGAAAUUAAACAUUAUAUGGAAAAAUAA